GCCCAAGCUGGAGGAGACGCCAGAGAAGAACCCUGGCUUCGACAAACCAGAGAACCCAAAGACGGCAGAGUCUAAGCACCGCCAGCUAGUGCGCAAGAGAACAAAAAAGUAUGAAGAGCUGCAGAAGGCGAUCACCAAGUGUGAGCAAGAUGCGGCCAAGGCAGUCGCCAAAGCUUCUGAAGACAUCAAGAUAUUCGAACAAGACAACAAAGCCGACCUGCCCUCCUACGAGCACUUCAUGCGGCUAGCAAAAGUGAAGCUCAGAGUGUUGGCGGCAAUCACCGAGCAGCCUAACGCUGAAGGUGCCGACGUUGUCAAGUCUGGGCUCACACAGGAGGACCAAUCACUCUUGCCUUGUGGUGUUGAUCUCUUGAGAAAGCCUGCCGAGAUCAAGAGCAUGCUUCAGCAUUUCUUGACGAUUGGCAAUGACGAAGACCUGGAGCAACAGCGGAAAACCAUUGGUGGCCACAUCGGACAACUCCGCAUGCUGUGCAACACAACAGUGGCCAGUGUCUGUGACCUUGCCUCAGCCAAGAAUUCCCGCAUUCGAGAUGCCCAACGAGAAGAGCAGAAGGAGAAGCGCAAGGCGGAUGCAGAGGCUGCGCGUGAAGCCAAGAGAUUGAAGAAAGAAGCCGAUGCUCAGGCACUGGCU